AUGGCCCCACUUAAGGACGGUCUCUCUAAUUCCUCGAAGCGAAUCAGAUUUGUAUUUUAUGAUUUAGAAACACGUCAAACGAAAACGCUUCCUGGGGAUAAUUCGGUACACAUACAUGAGCCGAAUCUCUGUGUAGUUCAGAAAGUCUGCUCUGACUGUUUACUGAAUGAAAAUAUGAAUAAUUCUUGUAAAUAUUGUGGUGUCAGACAAUUAGUAUUCAGAGGGGAUGAACUUAUAGAGAAUUUUAUAGAGCACGUAACACACGAGAGGAAACAGCUUAGUCAGACAAUUUGCAUUGCACACAAUGCAAAAGGGUCUGACCUACAAUUUAUUCUUAGAUACCUAGUAGAGGGUAAAGGUACCAGAAUCCGUCCAAAAGUAAUAUUGAAUGGUACUAAAAUCAUGCUCAUGCAGGUCGGUGAAUGUAAAUUCGUAGAUAGCUUGAACUACAUGCCUAGGCCUUUGAGUGCUCUCCCCAAAGAAUUUGGUCUCACUGGUGAGCAUUCAAAGAAAGGCACAUUCCCACAUUUUUUCAAUAGGCCAGAUAAUGAUUUGUAUGUAGGCCCUUUGCCACUAUUUGAGGAUUACUCUCCAGAUACCAUGAGUAUCGAGGCUCGUAAAGAAUUUUACGAUGUGACAAUACUUCGUCGCGCCUGUCUCGCAUAUAGAACAAUUUUUUCAAAAUGUGGUAAUGUGUGUCCUUUUACUGAAUCCACUACCAUCGCUUCUGCUUGCUCAGGAAUCUACCGAAAGAAUUUCCUUCUCCCUGAAAUCACAGGUAUAAUACCGAAUGGUGGAGACAGACGAGCAAAUAAAAAGUCUGUAAAAGCUAUUGAAUGGCUAUUAUGGGUAGGACGAGAAAUUGGGGUGGAAACCCAACACGCGGCAAGAUCUCGUGAAUUACGUCUACCAGAGGGAGCGCUAGUUGACGGUUACUAUAUAGAUGGUGAUGAAAAGCGCCAUGUUUUACAGUUUCAUGGCUGCUUUUGGCAUGGGUGUGUGGAUUGUUACAAGUUAAAUCGCGAUGAGAAAUUAAAAUCUGGGGAUACAAUUGAUAUGUGUUAUGAGAACACUCGCGCCACGAGUGAAAAAAUUCGAAAAGCCGGUUACGUACUAACCGAAAUAUGGAAGUGUAAAUAUGAUAAAUUAAAAAAAAUUCCCCCGGUAUGA